AGAUCAAACUCGGAGCUGGUGGCUUACGGUAUCGUGUGGCUCGAGUUGCGGUGCGAUUGACGAUUAUCUACGAUUUAGUUGCUUACAAAUAAUUUGAUUUGGCGGAGAAACAUGUUAAAUAUCGUUUAGUGGCAGACAAACAUCGUUAAAAACCAACGGGAACUGUUUUGGAUUAAAAAACGCUACCUGUGCGCACUCACUUCAUUCUUUGCCUCAUUCAAAGUUUAUGAACUAAGUGGCUGCUUCGCCUCAGCUUUCGGCGCAUCCAUAUGUAUAUGAUCAAAGAGUUGAAUAACCGUCCGAUAAGUGUGAGUGUGGUGUGGCUGUGUGGGUAAUUGACAUUGUAGACAUUUAAUAUAAUGUUCCAUAAAAGAAUAUAGUAAAUAGUGACAUUGUGAAAAAAACUUCAAGUAUGUGCGUUUCGUGAAAGUGCCAAGCGAGUUUUUGUAAAAAUUUUAAUUGUUAAAAGCGAAAGAAAUGCCAACAUUUUGUUCUAAAAAGUGAAACCUCAACGGAGAGGAGAACUACAAAAUUUUGUGGAGAAUAUAGCUAGUUUGCAGAAAUAUCGACUGCGCAAUCUACGUUAGCGGUGAAAACCAAAAAAGCAUAUAAUACUUUCAUAAAAAAACACAGAAUCUUACAAUGAAACGGCGAAAGUUGCUACUCUGUUGGACUGUCCUACACUCUGGUCUCAGCCUAAUUGCUUUUCUCACAUUACUGCUGAGUAAAACUACGCAAGCGGCGAUUGUACCACCACCUUGGAGUGAUCCCGAAAAGAAUCCCUGCGCCAGCAUGCCCGGCGGUUGGCAAUUGCUUUAUUGGCCGCCGCUUAAGCAGUGCUUCAAAAUCUUCACAAUCGGCUACCCGUGCCCAGAAACAAUGGAACUGAGUCCAGCACCGAAUGUGGGUAAAACGAAAUCGGCGCGCCUUAAUGCACCAGCAGCUGAAUGCCGCUGUCCGCCAGGCACGGCCUUAAGUGCCGAGACAAAUAAAUGUCAUGAGAUAUUUAAGCGUGGUCCAUGCGAACAUAGUGCAUACUUUGCGCCAUUACCAGAAGAGCGUGCGGCAAUUAGUAGCGGACGAAGGUCCAGUAAUCGUUGGGGUAGCUGUAAAAUUGCCAAGCAAUGUACGGUGGGCAUGAUUUUUUGGCCGAAAGAUGGCAGAUGCUAUGCGCAGUACACGAAAGGACCUUGUGUUAAGGGCAAACUGCUGGUAUUGAAUAAGGAUGGGCUGGGCGAGUGUAAGUGUGAGCCCGAAGGUGCACUGCGUGAUUAUUACUACGACCCAGAAGAGACCUGUCACGAGCAUUACACGAAAGGUCCUUGCUCAACACCUGGUGAGCUCUUUUUACCUGGUGGGCGUUGCGAUUGUCAUCGGCAUUUGCCGCACUACAACGAGGAUCAUCAAAUGUGCUACGAAUUAAACACACCAGGGCCAUGUCCGCCGGGACAUAUUUUCAACCUACCCGACAAUUUGACUGCCGCCAACACAGCGACAGUUAUACCACGCGCUCAGUGUCAGUGCAAAGACGGUUAUGUGCCAUGGAAUGAUGGGCUGUGCUAUCGUCUCUAUACGAGGGGACCAUGUGGACCCAACGAAUUUCUGAUUAAUGCAACCAAUUGUGUGCGCAACUUUUGCGGCAAAAGUCGUCUAUAUUUUCCCGAUGAGAAUACAUGCUAUCGCAUUGGUUCACAGGGUCCGUGCUCACUGCAUCAGGUGGUCGUCUUUGACUUUACGGCACGCCCCUCGGUUGAUGGCAUUUCUUAUAACGGCAUAUGCGGUUGCUCCGGCGUCAUUUGGAAUCUCGAUCAACAAUGUUCGAAUAUCGACAAUGGCGGUACAGAAGAUGAGAAUACAUGCGAAUCGACGCCGGGUAUGGUAGAGCUUAAUGGUAAUUGUUAUAAAUUAUAUACGAGAGGACCAUGUGGACCGGGCCAGUGGUUGGAACCGCUCAAAACACAUACGCUCGGACCACAAAUGCAACGUUUUUUGGAUACUAAAGCGAAGUGUGUCUGUCGGCCGGGCUAUACGCUCGCCGCAGAUGAUGGUGAAGAUGAUCAAAAAUUACCACGUGCGCGCAUAACACGCUGCAAUGCGCCCACGGUGGGUUUAGCGAGGUAUUUGAAUAAACAACGUGAAAAUUCUAAAUUCAAUACAAAUUUUAAUUUUCCCAACUUUCAAUUUUAAAACUAACAAUGCCAGCGUUUGCUUGCCUAAGCAUGUACUUGUAUGUAUGUAUGUAUGUAAAUAUAUUCAAUUUAAUUUAAGUCGUACUGAAACGCUGUAAACUCUGCUGCAUCCAAUCUUUUUUAUAUUUUUUAUAUAUUGUAAAUAUUUUGAUAAUCUAUCGGCUCUUCUGUUGAAAAAAAUUUUUAAAAUAUGAAAAAAACUGUGUUACUAUGUAAAUAGAUACUCUAUUCAGCUAUUCAGCACAUAAUUGGGUUAUAUAUAUAAAUAUGCAUAUGUAUAUAUGUAAAACUUUUCAUAUUUACAACGCUCUCAACAAUAAAUGUGUCUCUCCUGCUCUCUUACCAACUGCGCCUAUGCAUGACUUGUUUAUAUAUAAUACAACUACUCCUACCUUUGCGCCUGCGUCUGUUCCUCAGCAUGCCCGCAUGUUUGCCUUCAUAAUCGUAAAUUCUUACGUAUUAUCACUUCUGUAUUAUUAUAUAAAUUUACUGUUAUAAAUAUUUUUCGAUUCUUUUCAUAUU